CUCUCUACUAUUCGCCUGCGGAUCCAGUGACGGCAUGGCAGAUACUUCUGCAACCAUCGCAGCAGCUCUCGAAGCAGCGGGUAAGGCGCUUCCAAAGGCAUCUGAUGUCUCAAGCACCAAAGAUGGCAUCUCACUGCUCAACCUCAAAUCGCAUCUACUGCUCUCCUAUCUCGAACACCUGGUCUACUAUAUUUUGCUCAAGUCGCGCGCCGAGAACUUGUGUGACGAGGAGCACAAGCCUGUGGUAGAUGCUCUAAUCGAUCUGCGCGUCUAUCUUGAUCGUGGUGUGAAGCCUAUUGAGCAAAAGCUGAAAUAUCAAAUGGACAAGGUGAUUCGAGCAGCUGAACGCUUCGACCGUGAGGGCGAGCUCACGAAUAUGGAUGCAGCUUCUAAAGAUGCGCUGGCCUUCAAGCCCAACCCAUCAAGUCUGGUGAUAGAAAAGACAUCCAAUGGCGAUGGCGAUGCUGAAGAUGAUAUUUAUCGUCCACCAAAGAUUGCUUCGGUUUUACCUGCACGAGAGGCGCAAGCACGUCGCAGACAACCCAAUAAGACGCUGCGAGACUUUGUUGAUUCUGAGCUCAGUGCUGCCCCUGUCGCAGAGCCUUCCAUUGGUACCAACAUCAUUUCAUCUGGUCGUCAGGGCAACUCUGUUCUGCAGUCUGCGAAUGAUCGCAGCAAGCAAGCAGAGCGCGAUAGAUAUGAGGAAGAGAACUACACACGAUUGCCAACGGUUGGGAAGCAAAAGAAGGGCCGACGCACAGAUGACGUCUAUGGUGGCGAGGACUUCCGAGUUCUGGACCAAGAGUUGUAUGACUUUCAGGGGCCUAAGCAGUCGCUCGUGGAGCGAAGUCGUAAACGUGGAGCAGACGAGCAACAGACAUUGGAGGGACCUUCGCCCGAGCUCGGUGCGCAGUUCAAGAAGCGCAAGAAGGUGCUUCACAAGAAGAGCAGUGGCAAGAGGCGCUAACCAGCUGGUCUUUGUCUUGGUGUACGGCUUUCGCAGCAUUCAGCUUCGCCAAGGCUGAGGCAUCUGCAUUUUGCUUGCUCGCAGCCGCUUCAAGCCCGCUUGUGCUGGCAAGGGAAAGCCUGACAGAUUCGCAUGGAUUCAUAUGUUGCCGACAUCGUCUGUACAAUAGCUU